AUGGCAGCAGCACCCAUCACGCGUGAGUUGCUGGGCAACACCUUCACCUUUACCACCGACUGCUUCUCGGUGACGUCGUCGGGCGGCAACGUGCACCGCCGCCACAGCCCCUCGGAGCUGCGCGACCACUUUGACAGCGGCGAGGACCGGCCCGCCCACUGGUACGAGGCGCAGCUGCGCCACUACCAGCUCCCGCCGUCCAAGGUGAAAAGCACCGCCAAGCUGCGGCUGCUCGAGGCCGUCCGCCGCGGCGACCUGGUCGUCCCCGGCGAGUUUGCAAAGCUCGAGAGAGACAUGCGUAGGGAGUGGACAAGGGCCAGCAAGGCGGGUGCGGGCGCGGCAAAGUCGUCAGCGGGGCAGAAGAAGAGAAAGGCCGCGGCGGAGGAUGACUAUGGUGGUGACGGCGGCGCUGAGAGCUUUCAUGCCACGGUUGCUGGUGCUGGUGGCAGGGCUGUGAGCGUCAAUAUUGGCAGCGCGGCCUCGUCGUCGGCUCCUGCAAAGAAACCAGCAGCAGCCAAGAAGGGCAAGGCGGAACCUAAAACAGCUACGACUCCUGCUGCAAAGAAGGUCAAGACAGAGGCUAAAGCCACUACGACUUCCGACACAAAGAAGGUCCAGCCAGGGCCCAAGGCAACUACUGCUCCGGCUGCAAAGAAGAUCAAGACCGAGUCCAAAGCGGACAUCACCCCAGCAGCAAAGAAGAAAGCUGCACCCAAGAAGUCAGCUGCCGUGCUCUCCCCUCAUCCCGCCGACGUCAAAUUUCCGCUGCAACCGGCGGCAGACGGCUCGCAAAACGGCAACUUCGAUUCGAGCAGGAAGGGUACCCUGGGCAGAGUCAUCAACUUCGGUCGCCGGGGCACCAUAUGUCGUCCCGAAGCCGCCGGCAAGCAGCCGCAUGCGGCUGGGACCCAGGACAAAUCAGACUGCUCCCUCGACGAAGAUUCAAGUGAUGACGAUGAGGAUAGUCAAAAUGAGGGCUACGACAGCUUCGAAAGUCACGACGGUUACGAUGGCUACGAUGACGAACCAGACAACGAGGGUUACGACGAGGACGAUGACGAUGACGAACGAGAUAACGAGGGUUGCCACGAUGACGAUGAUGAUGACGAUGACGAUGACGACCCACCCACCCACCAUACCCCGGCUCUCCCGGACCGGACGCCGAGGUUUGGGGCCAGACAGACCAUGACGCUGACGCUAGACGGCGAUGCGCUCUGGAUGCGAUUCGACCUCGGCUUCCUCGAGGGUGUGGGACGCACCGCCAAGCGGCCGUACGAGACGUCGCGCCGGCGGACGUUUGGCUGGUUCGGCUACAGCACGUACUACCACGAGGCGUUCACGGGCGGCGGCGGCGGCGGCCCCAUGGAUGCGCGGCUCGAGUUUGUUGGCGGCGGAGUCGUGCGAGGCGAGGUCGAAUGGGUCAACCGACAGUGGACAUGCUUCGAGGCUCGAAGGCUGGAUGGGCAGGGUACCAGGAGCAACAUAUCGGCCAGGGAGAUGCGGGAUAGGUUUGAGGGGUUCAGAGACGGCUAUGUUUGAUGAGUGCAAGAAGCCGGACGACAAACAACAUGUUUG